UUUAGCAUCAUCAUCAGCGAGAGAAGUCGCAGUCCCACACUGCCAUUUUCCCUUCAAAUUAAGGAAUUAUACUACGAAUUAAGACGACCCAAGUAGCAGAUGGUAGAUUUCUAUUUGGGUACCUCACCAGCAAUUAGGGGGCAGAUUUCAAGUCAUGUAGUGAAAGGAAGGCGCAACCAUGGAUUUUCUCUUGAACAGGACAUCCCGAACCACUCGCCUCAGCAUGUCCAUCGAAGCAGGUGAGAACCUCUGCCAUUCCCACUCGAUCAACAUACUUGGCCCGUCGGCCUCCCAGCCUCUCUCUGUCCAGACUGUGAGGGCGAACAGUGGCUCCGCUCCUUCGACGCUCUACAAUGCAGCCUUUGCCAGGAAGCUGGGAUGGUCCCACAUUGCGUGUGCUGCCCUCUGCAUCCUCUUGGGCAUCGUGACGCUCAUCUUGAGGUGCCAAGUGGCCUGGUUGGGUUCCCCGCUCUGGUCAGGAUUAGCGUUUUUCCUUGUUGCUGGGAUAUUUGGCAUUGCAGCAGGCCCAAAUGACACAUGCACUGUGGUCUCGUUCAUGGUGAUGUCGGUGAUGUCAUCCAUAGUGGCCUUUGUGAUGUUGAUUGCGAUGCUGGUCGCUGCUAGUACGGAGUACGCAUUCUGCAGACAUACCUGUAAUGCUGCCUACUGCACUACUGUUUGCAACGGACAGGCUGGUAGGAUCUCAGUGGAUGUUCUCGUUGCGAUUGUUGGUCUGAUAGAGUGCAUCAUCUCCAUCAUGUCUAUUUCUGUCUCCUGUCGACGUACGCAGGCCUCCGUGUCCACACAAACUGUGGUACAGCAUUUUUUCCCAUCAUCUGGUGGUCGGGUGACAAUUUACACUUCUGGACAGAAUGCGAGCUUGAUGACCAAUGAGCAACAGCAGCAGCAAAAUCAUGCUAACUUGCCAUUGCAUGUGUACGACCAACCGUCGGUGUACCCUGUGACCCUUCCCGGUAGCAUCAUGACGUACCCAGAGGAUCACAGCCUGCCUUUCCACGCCACAGCCCAAGCCCAACCAACCACCCACCCGCCUCUGCAUACCAACGUGGACACUCUUCCUUCGACUGCACCUGUUGUAGGGAUGUCUCAUCAGGCCCCAUAUCCCUCAGCAGCUGGAGACAUUGUUUAUCCAGUUGGCCAUGGGGAAGUCCUCUCACAAGAGGGAGUUGCCUUGCCUCCGUACUCUGUGGUGCAGCAGGAUGACACCAACACCGAGAGGUCACCACCACCCCCAUUCACAUCUUACAUUAUACCAGACACCGAGCUUACACCGGAAGGCACCAUGGCAUAUCCUUAUGGAACCUCUGUGUAUUCGUCCCUUCCACCACCUUACCAAGCCAGCAGGGAGUUUCAGAAUGUGUAAGGUGUCACUGAGAGUGUACCUUCCAGGCAUGUUUAGACUCUACAUUCAAAAACCCACAAACACUUGACACCAAGGUUACACCAUAUUGCAUCUUGUACCACAACCAAAUGGUACCUCUAUGCAUCCAUCCCCACCACCACAAUAGCUAUUGAACCUGCGGGUGAUUCUGUAAUCCAUGAGUUUAGCAUUCAAAACCUACACAACACUCAACUAACACCAAGGUUACACCAGAUUGCACCUGGUGGUACCAAACGGUGCUUCUGUGCAUACAUUCCUAGCUAUUAAAAUGAAAGAUGAUUCUGUGGUCCAUUUUUGUGAAUGAGAUUGAACAUUACACAUUGAAUACUGAUUGCCUCAAGUGAGAUGUGUCGUAAUUCUUGCUAUAUGGACAAUAACCAAAAGAUCCCAGGGGCCUGUUGCAGAAAGACUUGCAAUCGAACACAACUAAAAAAAUCUUGCAUAAUUUGAUUUUCAGUCAAUGAAGCACCCGUAUUCGGGACUUGUUCUUGGUAGUUUGACUUGCGUUUAAAAGCAACUCUUUCUGCAACAGGCCCCAGAUGUAGCACAUGGUGUGAAAUUUCAAUUCAUUUUGUGCACUGAACUAUAAAUCCUGCUUCUUGUUUUAUAGUGAUGUAGGACCCAACAACUUCCGUUCUACGCGUACUGUAGCUAGGACUAGGCCCGGGGGGGGGUCACUUCCAUUUACGAGUGGAUACCAUGCGCGACCAUGAGAUCUCAAAAAGCACCCUAAACACAUAUUUUUCAUAUUCUGAAUAUGCACCCCUUAUCAAGUAUUUGCGUGUGAAACCCUACCCUUAACAAGUAUUGGAAACAAAACGAUACAAAAAUUGGCAAGUACAUGCAGCGAUAUUUCAAACACUGUCCUCGGUUUUACCUACAUCAUAUUGGGUUUAGUACAGCCCAACUCGCACAAAUCGUACUCUAAACACGUCGUAGUGUUGACUCCUGGGCAAAGAGUACAUCCUUUUAGUCUUGAUUUCUAUACCCUUGCAAAUUUGACCCAAAACACGUAGCUUACCUAGCGAAAUAGAUACCUUUUUUUUCAUUAUUUUAGUGUUUUUUACACCCUGAUUAAGUUUCGUACGUAACGUGCCCUAUCUUGAAAAAGAUCCUUUUUACAUGUUUUUUUGGUCGUGCAUGGUAUCCACUCGUCAUUGUAAGUGGCCCUCCAGGGGACUAGGCUGGUCGCAUCUGUGCUUUCACCGUUUUCCGUCUCUUCUUACAUUUCGAGGAGGAAUCAUUGUAAAACCUGCUACUUGUUAUCCCUCUCGUUGUAUACUAUUUUUACCUUCAAGCUACCAGAAGUUACUGGGUCACACCAGUACACAACAUGAACUACAUCCAGGAACUAUUGGUUAUUGUCAAUAGCAAAGAAUUCUGUCGUCAUAUAAAAAAGGGCCAGUCCUUUUGAUUUCAGUUCAUAAUGGGGACUUUUUUUUAAUUACAGAAUCAAUGGCAUAUUCUUUAUACCUCAUCCAUGACAGAUACAGAAUCUCUCGCCUGACCAUAAUUCUUGGCAUUUUGUGUACAACAUUAAGAGUUACAAGUAAUCGUAGAUUGAUUAUACCUUUUUGUGCUUCAGGGCACAGAUGUGAUGUACACUAUGCAGUGGACAUACUGUUCAGUCUAGCGUACAUGUAGGUGCUUGCAUUCCAAUUUAAUCAGCUUUAAUAUCAAAAUCAAAAUUGUAUUUCGUGUUUAUAUUUGAGGAAAGAAUUUAUUACCCUUUUCAAUUAAUGAUCAUUCCAGAAAUCUAUUUAGAAGUAUUCAUGCUAGAAAUACCAAAGGAAAUAUGACAGAUGUGGUUCUCAACAGUAUUCUCUCAAUGUAAUGGUAUUUAGAUAUAUUCUUUAAUCUAAAGGAUAAUUUGUAACAAAAUCAUGUCAAUUUACACGGUUUUAUGUGCAAUACAUAUUGAUUAAGGUUUCAGUGCAACAUUUGGUAAAAGAGAUAAAGCAUUUUUAUAAACUGUAAGAUUUUUAAUUGCUUUUUAACAUUGUUGUUCUUGUUGUUUUAUUCAACAAUUUGUAAUUCUUUAGAAUUCAAUCUGAUUUAUUUGAAAUGUGGUUUAUGCUAUCAAACUUCUUUCGAAACCCCCCAAAAAACGAGGAUCAUUUUAUAAAAGAACUUGCAAGAUUAUUCAUUUGACAAAGCCUUUUCCUUAUUUGAUAAUCCUGUAGCAACAGUCAGAUAAAAAAAUGGUCAUCAAAAUCAAUCAGUUGUCAGAUCUGACAACUUGUUUUGUUGAUGAAAUGCCCCUAGGGGAGUGUUUCAUGAACUUUUGUUGUUUUAUAUGUUGUCAGAUGUGACAAUUUUACUUCCGAGGUAUAUGUGUCUGACUGUUACUACGGUAACUGUUGGAUAAAACAGACUUUAGUACACUCAUCAUCAUGCGAGCACAGUUUCACAAGGCAGAUGGAACCAAUAAUGUAUUUACAGGGUAUAAUAGCAAUGUUGAUCACUGUAGUAUGAUAUUGUGUGGUUUAUGUAACAAGGAAACAAAACAGAUUAUAUACAUGUAUGUGUAUGAUAAUCAUAGAUUAUAUACAUCGUUGCCUUCCAGCACAAAGGCCAUUAGCACGUACUGUUCACUGCACGCUAAAACAGCCUUUGUGCGGGAAGGCGACGUGCAGUGCGCGCUAACGGCCUUUGUGCGGGAAGGCACACAGAGGCUUGUAUGAGUCAUUCAAAUGUGAUACAUGCCAGUAUUUAUAUCCAUGAAGCUCUUGUCAAGUCAGUUAUAUAGUACUAGUUUUCUAUAAACCCAAAGUAACAUUGAUAGUACUAGUAUAAAGAACAAGACUAUCCUAUGUAAUAUAAAAAAAAACAAUUGCAAUGUUAGUGUUUAUUUGUGCAUUAAACAGGAA